GUAUAUGGAGAUGAGAUGGAGACUGAGCUACAUACUCCUACCACUUUUGAGCCAAGACCAUUGAGUGCACCAUCACUAAGGCACACUCGAGCUAGCACCUCACAUACGCCACUCCUUAUGACCUCUCCACCUACUCCUUUUGAUCAACGGACAG